AUGGUACUCGGUGGAUAUUUUCGUCAAGUUCUUCCAGUCAUUCGAUCCGCGAAUAGAUCAGAAUUAAUUGCAGCAAAUCUCAAAAGUUUUGAUCUCUGGCGUCACCUCAAGAUCAUGCAUCUACACCAGAGCAUGAGAACAGGAUCAGGUGAAGAAGAGUUCUCAAGUUGGCUAAUUAAACUUUGCAAUGGUGAAUUACCAUCAAAUGAAUAUGACGAAAUCGAAUUACCUAGAUCCUGCAUGUUUGAUGGUAAUUUGGUCAACGAGAUAUUCGGCGAACACAUUUCCAUAGACGAUAUUCCAAUUCUAUACAAUAGAACAAGUCUCUGUCCCAAAAACGAGCAUUCUCUUCUGGUAAAUGAAGAAGUACUUCAACGACUACCUGGAAAAGAACAUGUGUAUGCAACUGUCGAUGACGUAGAAUGUGAAGAUGGUGAUGAUGUAACCAACUAUCCCACAGGAUUUUUGAAUAGCCUCACACCAUCAGGAACGCCUCCUCAUAAACUUAACUUAAAGAUCGGCGCAAUUGUUGUGUUUCUUCGUAAUUUGGAUGCUAAUCAAGGUCUAUGCAGAUGUUUUAUAUACCAUUUUGUAGCUCGUGAAAUUCUCUAUCGAAUAGUAUAUAAUAGUUGGGGUUUUAUUUGA